AUGUCAAGUUGGUUUCCCACUUUUCUUUUUAAUUUUGUUUCUUCAACAAAUGUGUAUUUGAAUUCCAAACCUUACUUUCCACUCACUUCUACUAAAAACUUUCUUUUCUUUUCAAAUUCCCCUUCCCCCACCUCUAGCGUUGGUGCUGGUUCAUGGAUAUUGAACCCUUGUGGGAUCUUGGGGGGUGGUUUUUUAUUUUCAUUGAUUGCAUGGCAGCUACACCUAAAACACCAUCAUCAUCAUCAUCAUCAUCCAUAGUGGCUGAGACCUUUGCCAAAUCCCACUCUCUCCUUUUCCUUCUCACCCUUUUCUUCAUUUUCCUUCUACUCCUUAACCCUAAACCCACAAAUUACCCCAUGGACUCACCCAAUGGCACCCCUUCUAUCCCUUUCAAAAGGCUUCUUUUAGAUGCUUCCUCAAACAUGAAUUUGCAUCCCAAGCAAACACGAACCUUGGGUACGUCGUCUUCGUCACGUAGAGAGUUUGGAGCCGAAGCUCACGAGGUUCCGAGCGGUCCCAACCCUAUUUCCAAUAGGUGAUGUAAUCGGAGUUGAAGCUUGAAGAACAUGGAAUAUGUGACAAAAAAAAAAAGUUAUAUUGUUAAUUUGUUUUUGUGAUAUCUUUAUGCCUAGCUACUUAUAUUUUUAGAUCCUCCAUUAAUAUAUUUGUUGUCCUUUUUGUGAUGA